AUGAGGAGUCUUGACGUUAUUAGUGUGGAGAAGAGACCAUUGGCUAGAGAUGUUCAGAGGUUAGCCAACAGUCUCAUUCGGUGGCGGGUUUCUGAGAAGACGGGUGGUUUGAUUGCUUUUAUUAAGGCUCAUUCUUCCUUAUUUGAGCAGAUUUGUGAGUGUCAAUUUGAUGACGAUAAACUAUGUCUCAUCCGAGACAAGGUGAUGAGAGGGGAAGCCAAGGAGGCUAUCCUUGAUUCUGAUGGUGUCUUGUGGAUUGGAGUCAAGAUUUGUGUGCCCAAGUACGUGCCGGAUGAGUCUCAUGUACUUUCUCUUGAUUCAUUUGAGUUGGGUUCAAAAUUAUCUUUUGAGGAGGAUCCUUUAUCCAUCUUGGAUAGGCAGGUCCAGAAGCUUAAGACCAAGGAGAUCACUUCAGUGAAGUUGCAGUGGAAGCAUCGUUCAGUCGGUGAGACGACUUGGGAGAUAGAAUCAAAUAUGUGUGCCAGAUAUCCUCAGUUUUUCGAAGCUUUAGAUUCUAAUUCUGGCUCUUCAAGCAGUGUGAAAAAGGAACAGCUUCAUUCUCAUAAACACUCAUUUCAUAACAGUUUUUGCUCAAAUGAUUCAUUUGUUCCAAGCAACCUCAAGUCAUUUACCUACAAUGAACUGAAAAAUGCAACUAGGAACUUCCGAGCUGAUAGUCUUCUUGGCGAAGGACGUUUUGGUUACGUCUUCAAAGGAUGGAUAGAUGAGAAUACUUUUGCUCCUUGCAAACCAGGAAGUGGUAUGGUUGUAGCUGUCAAGAAACUUAAGCCCGGAAGCUUCCAAGGGCAUAGAGAAUGGCUUGCAGAGGUUAACUACUUAGGGCUGCUUUACCAUGAAAAUCUAGUGAGCUUAAUUGGAUAUUGCGCGGAGCUUGAUAACAGGUUUCUUGUUUAUGAAGUCAUGUCUAAAGGAAGUUUGGAAAAUCACUUAUUUAAAAAGGGAGUUCAGAUUAUACCUUGGGCUACACGAAUGUCUAUUGCAGUACAUGUUGCACGAGGCUUGUCUUUCUUACACAGUCUUGAAGCAAAUGUUGUUUAUCGCGAUCUCAAGGCUUCAAACAUACUACUUGAUUCAGAUUUCAAUGCCAAGCUAUCGGCUUUUGGUCUGGCAAGAGAUGGUCCUAGUGGAGGCAGAACUCAUUUCUCGACCAGAGUUGUUGGUACUAUCGGUUAUGCUGCACCAGAAUAUCUUGCAUCAGGUCACUUGACACCAAAGACUGAUGUUUACAGCUUUGGAGUUGUUCUACUAGAAUUGCUAUCCGGAAAACGAUCAACGGGUGCUGAAAAUGCAGGAGGUGCUGAUGAGAAAUUGGUGGAAUGGGCAAAACCAUUCAUAAGUGAUAGUAGGAGAGUGUUGAGAAUAAUGGACACAAGGUUAGGAGGACAGUACUCAAAGAAAGGUGCACAAGCUGCAGCUUCCCUUGUCCUGAGGUGCCUCGACGUCGAUCCGAAACUUAGGCCAACCAUGGAUGAGGUUCUAGCUACACUAGAACUUGUACAAGCACCAAAAGAUGUCAUGAAGAGUUCACAACAGAUUAAACAAAAGCAGAUGACAAGUUAG